AUGGCGUCUCCCAAGAAAUCAAAGAAAAGCAAGAAAGAUAGGAAAUUGAAGAAAAACUUAAGCUUGGUUCCAGUCGAGCCCAAAGCCGCAGACUCUGACUGGUGGGAUAGUUUCUUCAACCCAAGUGCUUCAAGUUACCAGUCACUUCUAACCAAGCUACAAUGGCUGGUUGGAGAGGACUUGAUCAAUCGGAGCAGCAGAAAUGCUACUGUUCUCAAGCUUACCAAAUGCCGCACAGUAGAAGCCCUUGAAUUUGGUGCAAAUGUGUGUCCUGGCCUUGUGACUUUGAGUUUACCAGGAGAUGUAUUGGACAACAAACACACGAACCUAGAGCUGAUCUGGCAAGUGGAAAAAUUUGGAGAUUUGUCCAAAGGCUCUGUUCAAGGACGUGAGGCAUCAUCAAUUGUGAAGUUGGUGCCUUAUCAAGUACUUAAAUUUGAAGGGUGCAAAAGUUAG